UGAGUUGAUUCGGGGCGAGUUUUGAUGUUCAACAGAUUAGAAAGUUACGAAUGAAAUUUUCAAGUAACAGGUUUGAGGUGGAAAUUUAUUUGUGAGGGAACAUUACACCGGUAACCAAGGAAGACAAAUCUCACACUCUGCACGUGUUUUGGAAUUGUGUUGCUUAAAAUGUCUUCCAACAUGCCUCAAUCAAAGAAUUUGACAGAAAGUAUUGCUGAGAAAGUUGAUGAGGAACUUGAUGACUUCCUGAAUGAAAUGAUGAAAAAGUCUAAGAAAACGGCUGAAACUGAAGACAAAAGUAUUGAAGAAAUUAUUGCUGAAUUAGAAACCCAUCCAGCUUUUUUGAAAGAAAUUGAUCCUUCCAAACCCCUUCAUCCAGCUGUUGAAGCUCUGCAGGCCCUGAAGUAUGAAAGUGAAAACCCUUUCAUGAAGGCAGACAGUUUUAAGGAAGAAGGAAAUUAUCUGUUCAAAAAAAGGGACUAUCGUACAGCAGUUGCAAAUUACACUGAAGGGAUCAAGGUUCAAGCACCAGACAGGAUGUUAAAUGCUUCAUUAUAUUGUAAUAGAGCAGCUUCUCAUUAUCAGCUUGGAAACUUUGGUUAUGCUUUAUUUGACUGUGUCAUGGCCUGUAAAUUCAAGGAACAGUAUUUGAAAGCCUUUAUCAGAGGAUCUCAGUGCUGCAUUGAACUGAAGAAAUUCUCAGAUGCUAUUAAAUGGUGUGAAGCUGGUUUGAAAUUUGAACCUGAAAAUGAGAAACUUUCUGCUUUAAAAGAGAAAUCACUAAAGUUAAAGAAAAUCCAAGACCGUGAUUUACGUAAACAACAAUUACAAGAGAGGAAAGCUGAUGUUUUAGAAUCAAAACUGUUUAAUGAAAUCCAUAAACGACAUAUCAAAAUGAAGACUGACAAACAGAAUGGAAAAACUAUUUUAAGUUUAUCAGAUCUGGAAGGAAGUAAUCCAGGUGGUGCCAAAGUUUACCUUGACGAUGCAGGACUUCUCCAUUGGCCAGUUUUGUUUAUGUAUCCAGAAUAUAACCAAAGUGAUUUUAUUGAGAGCUUCAGUGAAAACCAUUGCUUUUCUGACCAUAUUUUGGAAAUGUUUCAAUCUUGUAUGGUUCCUUGGGAUGAAGAACACAAGUAUGUUCCUGAAAACAUUGAGAUCUAUUUUGAAGAAAACAAGACAGAAAGUCUGUUUAGAAUCCCUCCUGAAAAGUCAUUGCUUGAAAUUUUACAACAUGAAAACUUCACAGUUAUUGGCGGCACACCUGCAUUUAUAUUGCUGGUUGCAAAUUCAAAAUUUAAAGGUGAAUUUCUAAAGCAUUACACAUUGAAAUCUUUGUAAAUUAUAAU